UUCUGCCAGUGGCAGUCCGGGGUGACCGGAACAUAUGGAAAGCAUGACCACGCCGUGCUGCUUACCUCACUAGAUAUUUGUUCUCAUAAAAACCAACCCUGUGAUACUCUAGGUUAUGCCCCUAUCCAGGGGAUGUGUGAUUCGUCCAGGAGCUGUUCUAUCAAUGAGGAUACAGGACUGGCCACAGGAUAUACAGUGGCUCAUGAAAUGGGGCAUAAGUAGCCUUGGUAUGUUUCAUGAUGGAGGGAAGGAUAUGUGCCCACACGCCACAGGCACCAUCAUGUCCCCCAAACUGACCACCGGGGGCAAGGGAGGCAUCUUCAAAUGGUCCAGCUGUAGCCGUGACUACCUCAUUAAAUUUUUACAUACACAGCAAGCAAAAUGUUUGUGGAAAAGCUCUCUUCAGGUGUCCAGAUUACGUUUUCCUCAGAAGUUACCUGGCGAGAUCUAUGAUGCUGAUCAGCAGUGUGCUUGGCUGUUUGGGAAAGGUUCUAAACACUGCAUGUACAAUGUGGGAAAGAACCUUUGUCAGCAUCUCUGGUGUCAGAGUGAAGGACACCUGUGCCAAACCAAGUAUUUACCUGCUGCUGAUGGUACUUCCUGUGGUGCCGGAAAGUGGUGUGUCCAGGGUCAGUGUGUGCUGAAUGGGCGAGGGGUUGAGAAGGACAGCCUGGAGGCUGUGAACGGAGGCUGGUCAGACUGGGGGGUGUGGUCAGAGUGUUCCCGUACCUGUGGGGGUGGAGUCAGGCAGCGGGACCGUAGGUGUGAUAACCCUCGGCCUCUGUAUGGAGGGGAACCAUGUAAUGGCAUCAGCAGGUCCUACCGCCUCUGUAAUACACAGGAUUGUGAUACUAGCAAAGAAGACUUUAGAACACUACAAUGUCGCCGUUAUGAUAGGCGACCAUUCCAUGGCAGCUACUACAAGUGGCGACCAUACACAAAAAUUAAUCAAGUGAGUGACCAGUGUAAGCUGUACUGCCAGGCCCUAGGCUAUGACUUCAUCACAGCACUGUCCAAUCAGGUACAGGAUGGUACCCCCUGUAAUCAGUACAGCCCAGAUGUCUGUGUUGAGGGCUCCUGUAAGUCCUACGGUUGUGAUAUGAUCAUAGAUUCUGAUGCCAAAGAGGACAGCUGUGGUGUAUGUAGGGGAGACAACUCUACCUGCCGAGUUGUCAAGGGAGAGUUCCGAUCACAACCUCGCCUUCGCACUUAUUUUCCCAUCACUGUUAUACCAAAGCAUUCACGCCACAUUCAUAUCAAAGAGGAAACUUACUCUCACAAUUACGUCGCAAUUCGGGACAUCUACGGAAAUUAUUACCUGAAUGGUAACAUGAACAUGGACCCCCCAGGGGUGUACACUCUGGGUGGGGUGCGGUUCGAGUACAGACGCACCCAGAACAUGCAGGAGUCCCUGGUUGCUAAAGGGCCCCUCAAACAGGAUAUAGUUCUUGAGGUAUUGGUGAUGGGGCGUAACCCAGGUAUCCUGUAUGACUACACCCUGCCUACACGGAGAACACCUCUGCCUGAUGACGGAUCCACCAAUCAUUACCCUCCUCACAACGACUACCAGCCACCUCCAAGCGUUCAUCAUCCCAACCAGUAUGACCACCCCGCCCCACGCAAGACCACCCCCCGCCCCACGCCACGCCCCACCCCACCCAGACAUUAUUACAGCUGGAGAACCAUAAAGUUCAACUGUAGCGAAACCUGUGGAGGAGGUGAGCAGACCCAGAGAGCACAAUGCUGGCUGGACCAGCGUUACCAUGUCAACCCUGGACUGUGUGACCCCAAACGACGACCUUUUGAGGGCUCUGUGGCCUGUAACACACAACCUUGUGAACCAAGGUGGGUGACGUACGAGUGGCGGACCUGCAGCCGUACCUGUGGGGGAGGCAAACAGGUGAGGAAGGUGCGCUGUCGACAGAAACUCUCAUCCAAAGUCGACCGUCGUGUGGACAAGAGGAUGUGUUCUCGUCAGCCUAGGCCCACCAGGAGGCGCUGGUGCAAUACACAAGAUUGUCCCGGAGUUUGGGUUGUUGGAGAAUGGUCAGAGUGCUCAGUAAGCUGUGGUAGCGGAGUUCACAGCCGGGAGCUAAGCUGCCAAAGUCUUACAUCAUACGGUUUCAAAUCCUUGUCGGACUCGGCCUGUAAUCAUCUACCUCGUCACGUCAGUGAGAAACCCUGCCGAUUGGCCGAGUGUCAGAAGGAUCCUUACCAGUGGGUUGUCUCCUCCUGGAGCAAGUGUUCAGCCAGCUGUGGGAUGGGCGUGAAAACCAGAGCUUUGCGCUGUAGCUUUAAUGGGAAGACGGAUACUGCCUUACGGAGUGUGGACAGUCAUUACUGUACCCACAUCUCCAAGCCAUCCCACGUACCUCUACAAGAAGUCUGUACCAACCAAGCUUGCUCACCUGGUGACUGGUAUAUCUCAGCAUGGUCUAAGUGCUCAGCCACCUGUGGGAAUGGUGUCCAGACACGACUAGUUUACUGCCGGGACAUGCGUAAUCAUCGCAGGACCACAGGCUGUGAUUGGCUGGGCAAACCAAUAGAGUCACAGCACUGCAACUCGGGCCACUGUCCCGUAGCAGCCCCUUACAGAUGUGUUGACCAAUUCAGUUGGUGUGAUCUGGUGCCCAAACACAACGUCUGCAGACACAAUUUCUAUGGGACACGAUGUUGUCAUUCCUGUCGGAACCAAAGAUCAUAGGUCACAGGAUGUCGACGGCGAAUUCAACACCAGCAGUAGGGCAGUGAUAGUUGUUUGAUAGAUGGUAACUGACCAUUUAUCUAUCUCAAAUAUAAAUUGUGUGUUUGUGUGAAACGAUUGAUUGAUCUAAGAAGUGUCAAAUAAACAGUUUCUGUGUUCAAAGGUAUUGUACACUGGAUGGCAUGGAGAAUAAUCCAUUUGACCAAUUGUCAGUGACGUUUUGUUCCAUCUUACCAAAUACGGUAAAAUUUGGUUAGAAUUUCAAGCAUUUCCAUAUUCAUAAGGUCAUUUUUAUGUCACGAUGUUUUACAUGUGUUGUCGUAAUGUCAUCGUUUCUGACCUGUGAGUGUGGUGUAAAUGUUUCAGGUUGUUUUAAUAGUAUGUAUUUUUCGUCCAUUCACUCACAGAAAAGCAUCAGUUUAUCUUCUGAAAUCAUGAAUAUUUAACACACCAGGUUUAGAGUAUUGUAAUUGAUCAUAAACAUGAUAAAGUUGAAUAGUAAUCUGAAGUAGAACAUACUGUAACUCUUUAAUGGUUGUGAAAUAAAAAAUUGGCUUGAUGUAAGCAUAAAAUAUGUAAAAAUUUUAUGUUCUGUAAUUAGAAAGUAUGUUCUGUAAUUAGAAAGUAUGUUUCGGAAUCCACUGAUCUAAAGCUAGUUGGCCUUCGUGUGCAUCAAAAGGCUUUUUUGUAGAAUCUUGAAGGAAGACGAGACAUUUGAAGAUGAUAUUCAUGCAAGCAGACCAUGCAUGUGUUAUAUUUUUUAUAGGUACUGAUAUUACGAUCAAGAUGUGUCGAUCUUUAAGUCUUUAUAAUGAGAUACAUAAUGGUAUGGAAUAUUGUACAUGUGCCUUUGUUUGUAGCUCCACACGUCAGUCACACGACAAAACAUUCAACGAAAACAAUAUCCAGGUAAAAAGUAUGAUAUAUAUAUUACACAUCAUAUACUGUAUACCAUUGGCAUUUUUUUGUUCCAACGUAAGUACAUUUAUAUCUUCUUUAUAGUCCAUCCACAUAUACGUGUACCACAUUAUAGCACACCAGAAGUACAUAAAUAGAUAGAAGUGUUCAUACAUCGCUUUUCAUAUGAUUUCCCUGAGUCACCUACCUGCUUCAGUGCGCAGUGAUUGGUGCAGUGAAUAAUGGUAACACCCAGUCUUAUAUUCUGUAAAGUAUAUCUAUUUAUAAUGCAUUAAUAUCAUUGCAUUCUGGAAAAUAGCAAGAAUAGAGCAAAAAGCUGCGCACCAAAUCUCAGUUCCUAAUUAAUUGCUCAAAAUGCUGGCGAAAGCACUCAACUUUUCCUUGAGCCCACAUAACUGUUAAACUUUUAACAGUUGUUGAUGCCAGUGAUAUACUUUUCUCUAUGAACUUACGGCCACAUGCAGUAUCAUCAGCUAUACUAGUACACUUGAUAUUAUGAUAAUGUGUUACAAUUUAAAAUAUUUGGACAACAACAUACAUUUACGUAUAUCUUUGGUUUGUAGCUUGAUCCCUAUGGUUGUUUGCUUUUGGAAGCUGAAGGAAGGGAGAUAACUUUGAGAGUUGCUGAUGCCCUACAGGUUUAACACAUAAGUUUUUGCCCAGGGAUAUAAUUUUUCUUCUACUUCUUUCUUGUAAUCAGGUGACUUCAAACAUAAUUCUGUCUAGCAGUGUGUAUAUUCAUCAUUUAUUACCCAAGCUGGUAAAAAUUUAAAUAUUUUUGUGUUCACCAUUUUUUGUGUUCUCGGUACUGUUUUCAAAGUACCAUAGUGUUGUGUGCACCAAUUUGAUUUCUUUCUUUAUGACAGUAGAAACCAAAACGUAACAUCUGUUUCAAUUUUGUUUUCAAAUUCAUUGGCCAAAUUAUCAAUUGUUUAUAUAACAAAAUCAAAAAAAAUUCCAAAAUUGUUCAUUUCUUAAAUAGUAGAGCCAAUGAAAUGUAUGAAACUACUGAACUUAAAGAAAAAGACCUCUAAAAAUCGUAGUAGGCAUCACCAGAUAGAGCAUUUGAAACUAUGCAUAAAUAUACUUUCAUUUAUUUUUUUAUAUUUUUGCGAAAAGAGUUAAAUGCCCUGAAACACUUGAAUUCUAAGGUGGGCUUCAUGGGCCAUACUAUCAGGGGGUUAGGAAAUCUAAGGUCACAGAACUCUAAUCACGACACUGAAUGUUGGAAUAACUCUUUUUGCUUAUCAGUGA